ACUCUAUAACAAAUUAUUGAUUCCAAAGCAGGACCAGUACUCCAGCCCCCACACUUAACUAAUUGAAGUCGAAACAAAUGCGGUGUCCGUACUGCUCGGCGGAGCAAGGGCGGUGCACCACCAGCACCAGCGGCAGACCGAUAACCGAGUGCACAUCCUGCGGCCGUGUAGUGGAGGAGCGAUUAACCCAAUCCCACCAUCUUUUUCACACCCGUGCCCAAGAUUCCCCUCUGUGCCUCGCCACUUCCGACCUCCCUACUCUUCCCAUCUCCGCCACUAACGACGAUGAAGACCCAUUUGAACCCACAGGUUUCAUCACCGCUUUCUCCACUUGGUCUCUCGAACCUUACCCAGUAUUUGCCCAAUCCUCCAUUUCUUUCGCCGGUCACCUUGCUGAGCUGGAACGAGUACUUGAAACGACGUCGUCUUCCUCCUCCAGUUCGUCUACGUCAUCCGUCGUGGUGGAAAACCUUAGGGCUUACUUGCAGAUUAUUGACGUGGCUUCUAUUCUGCGACUGGAUUAUGAUAUUUCGGACCACGCGUUUCAGCUCUUCAGGGAUUGUUCGUCUGCAACGUGCUUAAGGAAUCGGAGUGUCGAGGCGCUUGCUACUGCUGCUCUUGUACACGCUAUCAGGGAAGCCCAAGAGCCAAGAACUCUCCAGGAAAUAUCGGUUGCAGCCAAUUUACCUCAGAAGGAAAUUGGGAAGUACAUAAAGAUUCUUGGAGAAGCUUUACAACUCAGUCAACCUAUCAACAGUAAUUCAAUAUCAGUCCAUAUGCCAAGGUUUUGUACACUUCUUCAGCUGAAUAAAUCUGCUCAGGAGCUGGCAACUCACAUUGGCGAGGUAAUCAUCAAUAAAUGCUUUUGCACACGAAGGAAUCCUAUUAGCAUCUCCGCUGCUGCUAUAUAUUUGGCCUGUCAACUGGAAGACAAGCGGAAAACCCAGGCUGAAAUAUGUAAAGUGACUGGACUCACUGAGGUUACUCUUCGUAAGGUGUACAAGGAGCUUUUGGAGAACUGGGAUGAUCUCCUACCAUCAAGUUAUAAACCUGUCGUUCCACCAGAGAAGGCUUUUCCUACAGCUACCAUUGCUACAGGCCGUUCAUCGACACCUAGAGUUGAUUUAGUUGAAGGAACUUCGUCUGAGAGGGACAAGCCUGCUAAACUAGGCGAUUCAUUAGAUAUAUCCCCCCAGAUCAGAGGCAAGGAGGACCCCCAUAGCAAAGAUAAUGCUCAUACAACUCAAAUAUCUUGGCAACCACCAUUUUGGAAAGCUCAAGUUCCUGUUGAAAGUGGCGUUACAACAGCUACAGAGAAGAGUCAAAGUGCUACUCAAGAAAUGGAGAUCGACUUAUAAUACAAAUCUCAGGAAGAUGCACCAUUGCACCAAUAGAAAAAACUGCUUCUAGUUCUUUGAGGUUAGCCAGUUUUCUUGUCGGCUGCAGCUUCAGCCUUCAGUAUCUCCUGGCUUUUAUCCAAUACCCAAGCUGUACCAUCACAAAAGGUUGCCUCUAACCCUGCAGAUAGAGGAGCCAUUAAGUGAUGUCAGCAUAAGGAGCCAUAUGUAGUCGGAUAAACAGAUAAACAGCUGCUUUGGGAAGAGGACGGGGAAGAGGACGAGGGCCUUGUGAGGGAGGAAUAAGGAAUUGUUCAUACAAAAAUACCUGUGAGUAAAUUUCAGUCGGUACUCUCCUGGAGCUUUGAGCGGCCAGUUGCUUAAAGGGGAAUUUCUGCAUACUCAAACAAGUCUUAUUUUGCCUUCUACUUAUCGUAAUCCUUUCUAGUAAGCCACCGUUAGAAUGAUUAUGAUAUUAACAUUUUAUUUUGUUUCGAUUUGUCGCUAUUUCGUUGUAGACUGUGUGCACCCUGUAGUAAGUUGUUAAUGAUUUAAGACUACCAAGUUAAAGAUA